GCCUAGUCUUCGUUGUUCUCUUCAAGUUAAUUUCAGAAGAGCAGCUGUGAGGUCCGGGACCUCUUUGCUUGCAACAUGGAGCAGCAGUCGAACAGGGCCCAUCGGCCCGUGAAGGAGAAGAAGAAAUACGAGGGCAACAAUCCAAAGGCAUUCGCCUUCUCCAAGACAGGAAAACUCAAUAGGCAGGCUGCGCGGUCGCACGAUGUCAAGGAAAAGAGACUGCAUGUGCCCCAGGUGGAUCGCAUGCCUGAAGAGGCUCCUCCGACGGUCGUCGCAGUCGUUGGCCCCCCGGUUGGCAAGACCACCCUCAUCAAGUCGUUGAUUCGCCGCUAUACCAAGCAGACUCUCAGCUCGCCCCAAGGGCCGCUGACUAUUGUCACCUCGAAGAAGCAGCGCCUCACCUUUAUGGAAUGUCCGUCCGAUUCCCUCGCAGCCAUGAUCGAUGUGUCCAAGAUUGCAGAUGUCGUCCUUUUGAUGAUUGAUGGAAACUAUGGAUUCGAGAUGGAGACCAUGGAAUUUCUGAACGCUUUGUCUACCAGCGGUAUGCCGGGAAAUGUUUUCGGUAUUCUUACCCACCUCGAUCUUUUCAAGAAGCAGAGCACCUUGAAGAUGACCAAGAAGCGCCUGAAGCACCGCUUCUGGAGCGAACUUUACCAGGGUGCAAAGCUCUUUUAUUUAUCUGGUGUCAUCAACGGCCGCUACCCCGAUCGCGAAGUGCACAACUUGUCUCGAUUCUUGUCGGUCAUGAAGACCCCACGCCCUCUCGUGUGGCGCAACUCCCACCCGUACGCGUUGGCCGAUCGCUUCCUGGAUGUCACACCUCCCACCAAGAUCGAAGAGAACCCCAAGUGUGACCGUACCAUCGCACUUUAUGGAUAUCUUCGAGGAACCAAUUUCCCCGCCCAGGGUGCUCGUGUGCAUGUUCCUGGUGUUGGCGAUUUGACGGUAUCUGGAAUCGAAGGUCUGCCUGACCCGUGCCCGACUCCCUUCGCCGAUCAGCAGAUGGCCAAAGCGACGGGCAAGAGUAAUAGGCGCAAGCUUGGUGAGAAGCAGAAACUGCUGUUUGCUCCCAUGUCCGAUGUUGGCGGUGUUCUGGUCGACAAGGAUGCUGUGUAUAUUGAUGUCAAGACCAACACCUUCAACCGGGAUUCUGACGAUGACUCCGAGGACGAAGAUCGUCGGGGUCUUGGCGAGCAGCUAGUGGUUGGUCUUCAGGGCGAACGCCGAUUGCUCGGCGAGGCUGAUCAGGGUGUGCGUCUCUUCCGUGGCGGUGAAGCGAUCGACCAAGCCGAUGAGGAUGAUGAGACUGGUCGGAAACACAGAAGACAUGCCCGGAUCGCUGAUACUGAGCGUGAUGGUCAAGCUGCGUCGGAUGACGACGAAGGAUUCGAAAGCGCUGAGGAUGACGACGAAGAACUGGCCGGUGAAGAGGACGAUGAUGAGUUGAGCGGGGAAGAAGAGGAUGUUUCAGCGCCCGCAGACUUCGAAACGAGCUUCAAAGAACGCCAGAAUGGAAACUCUCGUCGCGAGGAAGGAGAUGUUGCCUUUGCAGACAGUGAUUCCGACCUUGGCUCCAUCUCCUCGGUUUCAGACCAGGAACUUGAGAGCGGGGACGAGGAUGAGGAAGAGGGUGAUGAUGAAGACGAGGAAGAUGAAGAGGGCAACGUUCGAUGGAAGGACAACAUGCUGGCUAAUGCCAAGGCUCUCCAUGGAAAGCGCCCACCCUUCCGCGUCAAUGACCUCUCGCGAAUGCUGUACGAUGAGUCCAUCACCCCCGUCGAUGUGGUCCAAAUAUGGCGUGGAGAGGACGACGAGGAAGGUGAAGAAGAAGAGGAAGGUGAUGAUUUCUUCAAAAAGACCAACACCGAGAAAGAAAACCAAGCCGACUUCCGUGCCGUUCCCGAAUAUGACUACGAAGAGCUGGAGCGGAAGUGGCGUGAUGAGGAAUUGAUCGAAUCCUUGAGACGUCGUUUCGUGACUGCCAAGCUUUCGGGCGAUGGCUCUGAUGACGAAUUCGAUGAAGGCGAUCUGGACGACCUCGAUGAUGACGAUGAUGAGGGUGAUGGAGCAUUCGAGGACCUCGAGACUGGAGAGACCUUUGACGGCUUCGAUGAGGAUAAGGGUGAAGACGAGAAUGAGGAUGAGGAUGACGCAGAGCCCGAGGGCCGUAUGGACUUGGAAGCUGAGCGUGAGCGCAACGCUAAGAAGAAGGAAGAGUUGAAGCUUCGCUUCGAAGAGGAGGACCGUGAGGGCUUUGCCAAUGCGAAGGACGGAACCCGAGACGGUGUCGAAGGAGAGUUUGGCGAGGACGACUGGUACGAUCUGCAGAAGGCAAAGAUGCAGAAGCAGAUUGAUAUCAACCGCGCCGAGUUCGACACCUUGGACCCGGCCUCGCGUGCCCGCGCCGAAGGCUUCAAAGCUGGCACCUACGCCCGCAUUGUCCUGGAAAACGUGCCUUACGAGUUUGCAUCCAAGUUUAGUCCUCGAUUCCCCCUCAUUGUCGGAGGUCUGGCCCCUACCGAAGAUCGCUUUGGAUAUGUACAGAUUCGUAUCAAGCGUCACCGCUGGCACAAGAAGAUCUUGAAGAGCAACGACCCGUUGAUCUUUUCCCUUGGCUGGCGUCGUUUCCAAUCGCUGCCCAUCUACAGCACUUCGGACAGCCGGACUCGAAACCGUAUGCUCAAGUAUACUCCUGAACACAUGCACUGUUUCGGCGUCUUCUACGGUCCGCUCGUGGCACCCAACACUGGUUUCUGCUGCGUCCAGUCAUUCUCCAACAAGAACCCCGGAUUCCGCAUUGCUGCGACCGGCGUUGUACUCAACGUGGAUGAACACACCGAGAUCGUCAAGAAGCUGAAGCUUACUGGAGUGCCAUACAAGAUCUUCAAGAACACUGCCUUCAUCAAAGACAUGUUCAACUCCUCGCUGGAGAUUGCCAAGUUCGAGGGCGCAUCCAUCAGGACAGUCUCUGGUAUUCGUGGUCAAAUCAAGAAAGCUUUGAGCAAGCCCGAAGGCUACUUCCGUGCUACGUUCGAGGACAAGGUCCUGAUGAGUGAUAUAGUCUUCCUGCGGGCAUGGUACCCUAUCAGGCCCCACCGUUUCUACAACCCAGUGACGAACCUUCUUGACCAAGAAGAGGGUACUAACGAGAACGGCUGGCAGGGAAUGCGCUUGACCGGUGAAGUUCGCCGCGAGAAGGGCAUUCCUACCCCGUUGAACAAGGACUCGGCAUACCACAAGAUCGAGCGUCAAGAGCGUCACUUCAACCCUCUGCGGGUGCCCAAGCAAUUGGCUGCCGACCUGCCUUUCAAGUCUCAGAUCACGAAGAUGAAGAAGCGCAACGACCAGACCUAUAUGCAGAAGCGGGCUGUCGUCCUCGGUGGCGAGGAGAAGAAGGCGCGGGAUCUGAUGCAGAAGCUGACCACCAUGCGCAACGAGAAGUCAGCCAAGCGUGCGGCGAAGCAGGAAGAGCGACGCAAGGUCUACCGAGCAAAGGUUGCCGAUAGCUUGGAGAAGAAGGAAGCUCGAGAAAAGAGAGAGCGCGAUGAUUACUGGCGUCGUGAGGGAAAGAAGCGGAAGAAUACCGAUGGAGAGUCUGGUGGUGGACGAGGUGGAAAGAAGCGCAAAUAA